AGGGUUUAAAAUGGUCAAAGUCCUAGAUCAGGUUGCUGGAACUCUCAAAGGAGAUCUGGACUGGUGGUUUUGAGGUUGUGGCUUAAUCACAGAGUGGUGCUUCCUCCUACCCAGGGCUUCCCUGUUUGGUGCUACUUUGCUGCCCUUAUCUUUUACCAGUAUUUGAAAAACCUGCCAGCGAGGUUUUGAACUGGGUUGUUUGGCAAGUGCAGGCCACACCUCCGCUUCUCACAGUUGGAGCGCAGCCCAGCCCUGCGCAAAACUUCAGAGCGAGCCUGUAAAGAGCAGCCCUUCGCAGCCAGGCGCCUGGGGACUUCUCUAUUUUCUGUGUUUCCCUGUCAGGUUUUCUGCGGAGACGAAGGGACAUUUUUCCCAUGUUCCAUGAGGUGCUGCGGGGCCCGUUUCCACCCAGAGUGCUGCCUUUUCUGGCAGCUGUGCUUUUCCAAAGGAAGGAGAGGAAAGAGACUGGGUUUUAUCACUGGCGGUGGGAGAAGCACCCUUACUACAACCUAACAGUAAAAGUCCUCCGAGCCAGAAACAUCAAGGGUACAGAUCUGUUGUCCAAGGCAGACUGCUACGUGGAACUAAAGCUGCCCACUGCAUCUCCCAUAGUCUCCCAAACUCAGGUUGUUGACAACUCUGAUAACCCAGAAUGGAAUGAAACUUUCCAGUAUCGAAUCCAUAGUGCUGUCAAGAACAUUCUGGAACUGACACUCUAUGAUAAGGAUGUCCUUGUCAGCGAUGAGCUCACGUCUAUCGUCUUUGAUGUAGGGGGCAUGAAGCUGGGUCAGCCCUUGCUGCGCACUUUCAGGUUGAACCCUGAGGCUAAUGAAGAGCUGGACGUAGAGUUUUACUUGGAGAAAUGCUCAGAUGCCCCUACAGAGGUAUUGACCAAUGGAGUCCUUGUGGUUCAUCCUUGCUUGUCUCUGCAAGGCACUGUCAACAAAGAGGAAAAAACAGGAGAGAGACAGCAAGGGAGCUGUGAGGUCAAGGUGUCUGUUCCAGGGGCAUAUCAGAAGCAGUUGUGUAUUCCCUGGAGGCUGGGCAAUGAGAAGGAUUAUGGAACCUCAUUUGUCUUUCAUGUGGAUAAAGAAAUGUGUCCAGAACUGCAAGUGGAGCUGGAGCAAACCAUAUCUGUCCUACAGGAUGGUAUGAACCCUCAUAUUGAAAAGCAUACUACAGUUCUGGGAUUGGGGACUGUACCAGUGAAUUCCCUUCCUAUUGGACAAAAGGUUGAUAGAAUUGUUUCUCUGGGAGAGGGACAAAGUUUGGAUAUGAGUUUGAAAACUGAAGAGAGCACUUGGGAUCUUGACAUACGUCUGGGUUUUGACCUCUGUAAAGAGGAGAGAGAAUUUUUGGACAAAAGGAAGAAAAUAGUUUCAGAGGCACUGAGGAAGACUCUUCACUUAAAAGAAUCCCCUCGAAAAGAUGAGGUUCCAGUUGUAGCAGUACUGGGGUCUGGAGGUGGGAUGAGAGCACUGACUUCGUUCUAUGGCAGUCUUGCUGGGCUUCAGCAGCUGGGCCUUUUGGAUGCUGCAGUAUAUCUGUGUGGAAUUUCUGGGUCUACUUGGUGUUUAUCGACAUUGUAUCAAGACCCUGACUGGUCACAGAAAGACCUUCAAGAUGCAAUCAGAAGAGCUCAGGGUACUGUGUCCAGCAGCAAAGCAGGGGCAUUUUCCCCAGAACGACUGAAAUACUAUUUCCAGGAGCUGAAUGCAAUGGAGAUUAGUGGACGGAAAGUUUCCUUUACAGAUUUGUGGGGCCUUAUUGUGGAAUAUUUCCUGCAACAGAAGGAAGAUCCAUCAAAGCUGUCUGAUCAGCAAGAAGCAGUGAAAUGGGCCCAGAACCCCUAUCCUCUCUAUGCAGCUGUCAAUGUGAGACCCAAUAUUAGCAGUGGUGACUUUGCAGAAUGGUGCGAGUUCACUCCCUAUGAAGUUGGAUUUCGCAAAUAUGGAGCUUUUGUCCGAACAGAGAACUUUGACAGUGAGUUCUUCAUGGGACGGCUUGUCCAGAAACAUCCAGAGCCUAGGAUUUGUUUUCUACAAGGAAUGUGGGGCAGUGCCUUUGCUGCAAGCUUGGAUGAUAUCUGCCUGAAGGUGGUUGGUAUAGGACUGGGCUUUCUAGAUUCUUUCAAAGAUGUUAUCAAAGUUGUAGAUGACUGCCGAAGAUUCCAUUUCCGAGAUCCAACACGACUGAAGACUCGCUUGGUUAUACCUGGGGGCCCCUUGUUACAAAUUUUUCAGGAUUUCUUCAAGUCCCGGGUCACAUGUGGAGAAACCUUCAACUUCAUGCGGGGAUUGUAUCUUCAUAAAGAUUAUGUUAACAUCAAGAAAUUUGUGGCUUGGAGAGGCACUCAUCUGGAUGCAUUUCCCAACCAGCUGACCCCCAUGGAAGAAAGCUUGUAUUUAGUGGAUGGUGGUUUUUCUAUCAACUCUCCCUUUCCUUUGGUACUUCAGCCAGAGAGGGAUGUGGAUGUUAUCUUGUCAUUCAAUUUUUCCUGGGAAGCUCCAUUUGAGGUUUUAGAGCUGACUCAGAAAUACUGUGAGGAGCGGGAAAUUCCUUUUCCAAAAAUCAAAUUGAGUGAGGAAGAUGAAAAGAAGCCAAAAGAGUGUUACAUGUUUGUGGAUGAUGAUAAUCCAAAGGCUCCAAUUGUGCUCCAUUUCCCAUUGGUGAAUGACACCUUCCAGAAAUACAAAGCUCCAGGACUUAAACGUGAGUCAGAAGAAGAGAAAUCCUUUGGUGACUUUGUCAUUGAGUCAAAAGAUUCUCCAUACCGUACACUAAAUUUCACCUUUGAGCCAUACGAUUUCAUCAGGUUGGUGGAAGUGAAUCGCUACAAUGUUCUGAACAGCAAGGACACUCUCUUCAAAACCCUGAACUUGGCUCUGCAAAGGAGAAAUUUGAAGAAAGUCAUCAAUAUGUCCAAUACAUGAGCAGCUUCCAUAGCUGAGGAUACAGCCAGGCUGCAGUGUACAAAAGUCGUGUGGUUCAAGACAGAAUACCAAAAACUAAUAGCUGGAGACUGUCUUGUGAAGGGAGUAGCACAUGUGACACUGAAAAUCCAGGUAACGGAUACUCUUAACAAAAACUCAAGGGAUGUACAGUACAACACGGAUGUUGCUUUGUCAUGUGGGGAAGAAUAGGGAAUUAUCUAGGCCAGUAUCUCAUCUUACAGUGGCUGGUACCAGAUGACUAGGGAGGUCUAUUCAAACAGUUCAUGCACCUGGAGAAUAAUCUUCCAAACUCCUCUGAGUGAAGCACCUCUUUUUGUCAAAGGUCUGGCAGCGUUCAAGGAAACACUGAUUUCUCCUAUACCUUUAUCUCUCUUGCUUUUUGAACCUCGUCCGUGAACUUUCACAACUUACAUCAUCUGGCAAGGAACUCCACCAAUUGUAACUAUGCACUGAGAGAGGAAAUGCCUCCUUUUGUUUUCAAUGUGCUACUGGCUGAUGCCCAUGUACUUUCAAGACUGAACAGUCAUUAUCUGCUUUCCAUUUUUGCCAUUCAUGGUUUCAAAGAUCUCUGUGAUAUUUGCUUCCUACCCUUCUGAAGGAUUAUAAUGGCUUUUAGUCUCCCAGAAGUUCAAUACAGAGUACCUUACUUUUGUAACCAUUUGUUUUUGAGGAAAUAAUAGUUCCCUUUUUUAUAUUUAACAAUUAAAGACACCUCAUGGGAUUGUGUUGCUUCUUCCUACAGUUUGAUCAUCACGAGCUGAUGAAACUUUAAAAAUGCUGCAAGUCUCAUCUUUCUCUUUCUGUGUAAGAGGAAGGAAGGCUCCUUUGAAGAGUCUGAAUUAGGUAUUUUUUCCUUACACUUGGGUUUGCAAUUCAGCCAGACCUUUGUUCAAGGAGUUUCUGUGUGUGUCUAUAUAUUUUAGAAACAUGAAUAUUCAAGGUACGCACACCUUAUGAAUGUGAAUGAAUAAAAUAAUGUCAGAUGCUGCUAUGCUAUGGGAUGGAAUUCACCUCACUUUGCAGAAAGCUCAGAGAAAAGUACUGAAUUAUGCAGUUGGAAAAUAUCUGAUACAAAAGGGUGGCAAACAAACGCUGUUUACUUUUGUGGCUUUUACAUUGAGCUGAAUGUACUGAUUCUGUGUCUGAAAACUGGAGGCAGGAAAUUUUUCUUUUCUGAAAUGAUGUAAAGGCACAUAAACGGGUAUGGUUCUUGAUAUAUUUUUAAAUGUGUUUUAAUAAACAUUAGUUUUGCUAAUGUGCUUUUCACAAUUUUUCUUAUGAACACUUGUCUUGAUAUAUUUUUCCUUAUUCCAAUAAAAAGUAAGCAAAAA